UUGCUGAACAAAUGUCCGUGCUUAGUUAAUUACGCCGUUAGAAAAGAAGAUAAGGCGUUUACUUUGUUCGACAGACUUUGAAUUUGUGAUGGGUAUAAACAAAAAAGGCGCCAUAAACUCAUUAUUUAUUUUAAUAGUUGUGCAGCUGUGCAUUCGCAAAAGUUAAAAAAAUGUCAGAAGAAGUAGCUAUAAAAGAUGAGCCCCUAAGCGAAACCAUUAAGAUGGAAGAGAUUGAGGAUUAUGAUGCAGAAGCCAUGGUGGAAAAAAUUACUUCACUCAAAACUCUUGGUCCAUUCAUAGCUUCUAAAGACAACUCGGCCAACACGGUUUAUUUUUCCGAUAUACCCCAGAUUUGCAAGGAUGAACCGUGUAUGCUAGGUGUGGACGAGGCCGGUCGCGGCCCAGUUUUAGGACCAAUGGUUUAUGGCAUUGCAUUUUGCCCAAUAAAGAGCAAACAAGCCUUAAUUGAUCUGGGUUGUGCAGAUUCCAAACAACUGACCGAGGAAAAACGAGACGUUAUAUUCGAUGACAUCAACACCAAAGAAUACGCCAACACUUGCAUAGGUUGGGCUGUGGAAAUCAUAUCGCCAAAUGUCAUUAGCUCCAGCAUGUUUAGGAGAGCCAAGUGCUCCCUUAAUGAGGUCUCCAUGAAUUCAGCAAUUGGUCUAAUACAUGCUGCAGUUGAUUUGGGUGUCAACAUAGCGGAAGUGUAUGUUGAUACGGUUGGGCCUCCCGAAAAAUAUCAAGACAAGCUGCAACAGAUAUUUCCACAAUUCAAAAUCACAGUCGCUAAGAAAGCUGAUUCUACAUAUCCCAUUGUAUCUGCUGCCAGUAUAUGUGCCAAAGUUAGCCGUGAUCAUGCUUUGAAAGUAUGGAAAUUCCCCGAGGGUUUAAAACUAAAUUCGAAUGAUUUCGGCAGUGGUUAUCCAGGAGAUCCGGUUACAAAACGCUUUCUAUCGGAAAAUAUUGAUUUGGUUUUUGGAUUUCCACGUUUAGUACGUUUCAGCUGGUCAACCGCCGAGAAUGCUUUGGCCGAUAAGGCAUUUGAUGUUGAAUUCGAUGAACCAGAUUCGGAAAAGCCAAAAUAUGCUGGCCCCAAAUUAACCAAAUUUUUCAAAGGUACCACCAAAGAUGGUGAAAUAAAGCGAGAGCCAUGCCGUUUUCUUAAAGAGAGAUUUUUAGAUAGUUGUAUAGAUUUUUAAGUUAUUUUUUUAAGUAGUAUUUUAGAUAUUAGAAAUCUGUUCUUGAAGAUGACACUAUAUCAAUGCAGUGAAUAAUGAAAAAAUUAAAACAAGAGGCGAAAAAUAAUUUUUUUUAUAUCCUUUGGAGUAUCAUUUAAAGGCGGAGUGUGCUACAAUCCAUAGGUAUUUCAACAAGGUAUGGAAUAUCGUUAGCUGCACCUUCAACAACAGAGAGAUUGAUGGAAAAACUGCAAGAACAUAUAGCUAUAACCUUUUUUAAUGACUAUCCGAUCCUGUUUUCGCCAAAAACGCUCUGUGACGCUGAAAAAGUCGGAAUAACCCAACCAAACAGUGGGAAAACUUGCAUUAUACCUGUGAGAAGGUUGGCCCCAAUACCAAAUUUAUCCCAAUCAGCCAACCAAAUUAAGCGGAAAGAUUACUCGAACCAAAAAGCACUAUAAAUUAAAGUUAAACGGAUCAAGGCUGAAUGGGUAUUCCACCAAAGGGAGAUCCCUCGGAGGCCAGUGUGGCAUAUUGUGAUAACCCAGUGAGAAAGUGUAAGAGAAAGGUAAAGAAUAAUUGAGUCCCCAGAUCAUACCAAGAGACGAAAUAAGCGGUUGGAGAAAGAUAGAAGAGUGUAGGGAGCAAGCGUCUGUUCUACACGCCCUAACGUAUGUUUUACAGGGAGCACUGGUUCACGCCUACCUGAAUGUUGUCCUGCGCUUCUAAGCACACAUACACGCGUGUGUAGGAUCUCAUCGCGUGCCCCGGAACAAUCGUUGAGGACAUUUGAAAUACUUCAAAGGAU